GGAAGGUUGACGCUCAGUCGCGAACGAUACCUCGGCGAGUAAACACGCGCGAACAACAUUUCUGGUCGUUGAACGUCGCUUGGUCAUCGCUGUGCCGUUGCAGUUGCAUCAGAUGCAAUAACCGAUAUCCAGCGCAAAGUUUUCGUUCGCGUGGUUUGAGUAUGUUUGUUGUUGCUGGCUAUAGGAACAACGUUUGAUGGAACGCUCUUUUAUGUAAUUGGCGACGGUAGGGAAGGAAUAGAAUCGUCUUCGUAAACAUUCCCUUCACGACCAGGAAUCAGCUGGACUUUGCACUUCGUGGGUGCGUGGAUAGUGUGCGACUGGUGACGUCAAGUUCUGUUUAAAAUUGGUGACUGGAAGAAUUUACGCGAAUGGUGUUCUUUGAAGCUUAAAAUGUUUUCGAACAGAGUAGAAAAAUAGCUAAACCGAAGUAGGGUAACCGGAGGGUUCGCGAUUUGUGCUUUUUGGUGUCCGCAAGUAAUAGACGCUUGAAGCAGCUGAGGCCGCCCCUGCCUGGCCCUUCGCGGGUUCCUCGUUUGCUGCCGCACACCUGGCGUGAGCGUGUGCGUGUGGAUCUCUUGUUGGCACAUUGCUUCAAAUAGUCACCUAUAAUGAACGAUCGAACCAAACAGCAACUGCCAGCGAACAGUCCGUAAAGAAGACCUUCCACACCCGGAUCGUGGUUGUCGUUGCCGUCGUCGGUUGCGGUUCAGUGCACAAUAAUUGCCACACUUGGUUGGCGCCCGUCGUCGGCUUGAUGACGUGACAUGGGCAUGAACGUCAUUUGUAUCAUCGGAACCGCCAAGCCCGAUUCAUCAGCGUUAUUAGUGGAAGCAGCAGCCAGACCGGCGGGCGGAAUUUACAGUGAUAGUGAUAUCGGUUGUAGUAGCUUCCAGCAACAGACAUGUGUCUCCUUCUGAGUAUUAGCAAACAUCGUCAGCUCCGGGUUACAGUUCCUGUGUUUUUCGCGUAGUUAAUUAGUUUUCCAGAUUUGAAGAGGUCAUGCCAGCGUUGCGUUUGUUCGGACGGAAAUGGUUAGCCGCGUCGGACGACCUUGUGUUUCCGUGCGUGUUCGAGAUCGCGUUCCGGAUUGUAUGGCUCGGGCUGAUAUCAUGCGUGACGUCGACGUACUGGAGCGUGACCGUGGAGUGCGAUGAACAGGCCGGCCUAGCCGUGCGCAUCUACCUAGUAGGAACCCUAGCGUUAAUUAGUGUAAAUAUAGUUCUACUUGUACUGCUGGUAAACCGCAGCGCCCAGGGUAGCAUCACCGAGGUGCAGAAGCGCCGCUGGGUGGCGCCUCUUCUGGUUGUGAAGAUUCUGUUGAUUCUACCAGAGACUGGACUGAACGUCUUCGGCACGAUGUGGGCCUUCUGCGGGACCAUCGAGUGUAAGAGCGAAGACAAAAUAACUCGAACUGUGAUUGAAGCAAUCGUACUAUUCAACUGGGUAGUCUUUGGGCUUAUUAUCUUUGGAUUAGCGAUAGUAUUUGACCCGUUGGGGUCGGCUAAAUAUAAGAACGGUAGGGAUAGCAACGACAACGGUCCCACCGAGUCAGCGAUCCACCGGAAGGUUUCGAAGCUGUGGUUCCGGCGGUUCCGGUGGGCCUUCUGCUGCCUGCGGAAGGACGAAUUCGGGCACGAGGCUUUCACGCAAGUGGCGAGUCUGUUGAGUGCGCUUUUCCGGGGGACGGAUCUGGUCCCGUCCGACAUCAUGGCGGGUUGUGUGCUUCUCAGAGUGCGACAGAAGCGAGAAACACGUGAAAUGCGGAGGAUACGAAUGCUGAACGACGACGGCCCGCGAUAUUCAACGGAUAUUACGAGGGUGUUCGCAACGUCACCGGCGUGGAUGACGAUUAAGAAUGCGCGACAUUUCUUACGCUUUGCUCUGGCUGCCUAUGGGUGGCCGAUGGUGUGUUACAUGCACUGCUGCACCGGACCGUAUCGAUUAGUUCCAAAGAUGACAUGUUGUGCCUGUUUCCGUCGAAAACCACAAAUCAUCAUCGAUGAUAACUGCUGUCUGUGCCACGUAUCCGGCGUUCGGUACACUUCACGAAUUCGCAGCGAAGACGUUCUACACGCAUCAUUCAGAAAUCACGUAUUUGAGUUACCAUUCUGCGUUCUGGCGGAUCAUAGCACCAAGAGUAUUGUCAUAUCCAUCCGUGGCAGUUUAUCAAUGCGUGACGUUUUCACGGAUUUAGUGGCCAAUUCCGAGCGUUUUGAUGCCCCGGGGAUCCCGCCGGAAUCGUCCGCCCAUCGAGGCAUGGUAGCUGGCGUGGAUUGUAUGCUGAAGCGGCUCCGCGAAGGUAACAUGCUGGAGCGGAUCUUCAAUACCUACCCGGAGUAUACCUUGGUCCUAACGGGGCACAGUUUGGGAGCCGGGGUUUCCAUUCUACUGGCAGCGAAACUUAGAAGCCGUUUCCCGGAUCUUCGUGUUUAUGCCUUUGCCACUCCGGCAGGAUUGCUCAGUCGGGAAGCGGCACGGUAUACGGAAAGCUACGCGUUCACCAUCGGCGUUGGUGAUGACUUCGUGAUGCGAUUAGGCGUUGAUUCCAUCGAGAACUUGAGGACCAGUGUGAUUGAGACGAUUCGGGCGUGCAAGCUGCCGAAGUGGCGCAUCAUGUUGAACGGCUUUGGGUACGCUCUCUUCGGCGUUCCGUCGCGUGAUUUGGAAACCACGUGGCACGAUGUAACGGAAAUCACAAAGAAAGCUGGAGGCCAAAGUCCUUUAUUGAACGAACGUCCCAUCCAAACAGUUGCCACAGCAGAAGGGGGCUUGCUGUCGAGUGAAAUCUCCAAACGACGUUUUGCAAAAACUCGAUUGUACACCGGAGGAAGAAUCUUACAUAUCGUUCGGAGGAAAAAAACAGAGCUGGAAAAGAAAACCAACACUGGUGGACCGACAUUCGAGAUGCGUUGGGCUACAGCCGAAGACUUUACCGAACUGAAAGUAAUGCCCCGCAUGCUGCUGGACCAUCUUCCGGACAAUGUGUUCCGCACGCUGACCAAAAUCCUGGAGGAACAAAAAACUCACAACGGAUCGAUAUUAUCGCUGCAGGAAAUUUAAGCCCCGUUCCCAACCAAUUAUCGAUUUGCCAAACAUAGACAAUUAAUGAACAGUCCCGCCAAGAAAAGAAAAAAAAACAGGAAAGCCACCUGAGUGCCUUAUAAGAAGUGAAUCUUGCCGUCUAAAAAAGAAGGAUUGAUAUUUUAUUAUUUUUUAAAACGAUUUUUAACAAACAUCGCGUAGUUUUUGUGGUUUUUGUGAAAUAGUUGAAAAACAUAACCUAUCAAAUAGGAAUGAGUACUUGUCUUCAUCGUACCCUUAAAAGUAGUGUAGUAAGAGAUGAGAGAUGUGUAUAGACAGACCCCGUAAGAAUAGCUCUAAUUAGAAGUGUAUAAUAUUCAACAAGUGUUUUAAUUGCUCACUAUGGAGGAUCAUCGUAUUUUAGUAAAGCUCAUUUAAUGACAAAAGGGAUUACAUCUGACAAACACACCCAUUCCAUUGUUGCAUCACUCAGUUAUAAGUUUAGUUAGGUAUAAUUCAAUUGCAAACGAUGACAUUCCAUCAAGGAUCUGAAUAGCAUGAUAUUUUAAUGUAACACAGUUCAAGGGCAGAAAUUUACAUAAUUCGAAUAUUGAAAGUAUUUUUGUUUGAGUAUUUUACAGCCUGCGUAUUGUGACGCAGCUGGAGGAAACGAAGUGGAAUGAGUACCAAUUAUGUUUGUGAUAAUUCAAGAAAUGCUAUUUAUUAUUUAUAAACGGCAAUGCAUAAGAACGUAAACAUUUUCCUGAUUUUUCAGUGUUAAUUUUUAAAAUAAAUAUAAUUUUCAUAUAAAACAGAACUAGAAA